AUGUGGACCGAAAUGUUUGCCCGUGCAGUCAAUGAGAAUGGUGUCCCAUCUAUUCAUGAUCAUUGGGCAACAAAGGAUAUUGCAUAUACCGCCAUUGUGGGCUCGGUUAUGCUUGCUGCCCUUCUCGAAUGGUUCCUUUGGGUAGCUGCUUUUCUAUACUGUCUUGUCAAGGUCUAUCAGAAGGCCGAGACUGUCAGCAUCAAGAUCCUUGCGAUAGUGAUGAUGUUUGCUUUCACUGGCCUCAGAUGCAUAUUCUUACCCAUAAUGGUUGUAACGCUUCCCCUUCCAAGCCAAGUCGUGCGAUACUUCCCUCAAGAAAUGGUCAGCUUCUUGCAAUGGUUCGCCUUCUGGUCUUUCUCUGGACUGCUCAUCAUUCCAUGGCUCAUCUGUGUAUAUCAACUGGUCACGCACUCUGUCGGACGAACGAAGCGCAUCAAACACGUCCUGGACGAGGAUUCAGCCCCCAAGGUCGUUAUCAUCAUGCCUUGUUACAAAGAGAUUCCUGAGAUUCUGCUUCGAACAGUGGAUUCUUUGGCCGACUGUGACUACCCUCCAUCUUGUUUGCACAUCUUCCUUUCCUUCGACGGAGACCAGGAAGACGAACUUUACCUCAAGACUAUUGAGCAACUCGGUGUUCCCUUGACGCUGGACACAUACCCUAAGAGUAUCGACGUCACUUAUAGAAGCACUCGCGUCACCAUUUCUCGUUUUCCGCACGGUGGUAAGCGUCACUGCCAAAAGAGGACUUUCAAGCUUAUCGACAAAGUGUAUGCCGAGUACUUGAAACGCAACGAUAAUCUCUUUGUUCUCUUCAUCGACUCCGACUGCAUUCUUGACAGAGUGUGCAUCCAGAACUUCAUGUAUGAGAUGGAAUUGAAGCCUGGAAGCAAGAGAAACAUGUUGGCCAUGACCGGCGUCAUCACCUCAACAACAGAGAAGAACAGUUUGAUCACUGUUCUGCAAGACAUGGAAUACAUCCACGGCCAGUUGUUUGAAAGAUCUGUCGAAUCUGGUUGCGGCGCUGUAACAUGCUUGCCGGGAGCUUUGACAGUCUUGCGGUUCUCUGCUUUCAGAGCUAUGGCUAAAUACUACUUCGCGGACAAAGCAGAACAGUGCGAUGACUUGUUCGAUUACGGCAAAUGCCAUCUGGGAGAAGACAGAUGGCUGACCCAUCUCUUCAUGAUUGGAGCCAAAGAGAAGUAUCAGAUCCAGAUGAACACCGGAGCCUUUUGCAAGACCGAAGCCGUACAGACAUAUCAAAGUUUACUCAAACAACGUCGCAGAUGGUUCCUUGGAUUUAUCACUAACGAGGUUUGCAUGCUCACGGAUGUCCGUCUCUGGAGACGCUACCCUAUCCUCUGUCUGGUCCGCUUUGCUCAAAACACCAUCAGAACCACCGCACUUCUCUUCUUCAUCAUGGUCAUCUCCAUCAUCACGACAUCUCAAAAGAUUGCAAACUUGCCUGUUGGAUUCAUCGCUGUGUCUCUCGGCCUCAACUGGGUAUUGAUGUUGUACUUUGGUGCCAAGCUCGGACGAUACAAGAUCAUGAUGUAUCCCCUGAUGUUCGUCAUCAACCCCUUCUUCAACUGGGCGUACAUGGUGUAUGGAAUUUUCACAGCUGGUCAGAGGACCUGGGGAGGACCACGUGCCGAUGCUGGUGCAGCCAACUCGACCACCACACCACAAGCUGCCAUCGAACACGCAGAGGCAACAGGUGACGAUCUGAACGUCGUACCAGAAACCUUCAAACCCGCAGUCGAAGCGAUCACUCGCAAAAAGUCUGUCAAGAACAGAAACGUGCUUCCGGAUCAGCGGCUCGAGGGCAAGUUUGCGGCACCAGAGCUUAUGCCUGGUGGGUGGUACAAGCAAGCGGCCGAUUCUACAAACACACUACCGGACAUUUCAAACCAUCCAGCUAUGCGCAGAUUGAGUUUCGAAUCGAUCGGUACGGCAACUUCAGGCAAUAACUCGGUCUAUCUUCCUCGACGAAUCGAAUCGAUCUUCGGACCAGAAGAUCGUAAUCUGUACCACAACGCACAAGCCCAUCAGAGACCAGCUGGUGGAUUGCACUACGAGCAAGAGGAGUACGAGAUGAGCAGACCCGACACAGGCACAACCCUUAAGGGAGGUUACUCCGUCUCGGUGCAGUCGGCCAGCGACGACGAAUCAAACUACGGCCAUGGAAGAAUGAACUCUGACAACAGCGACAUGAGCGUAGCACAAGGUAAAGCACCUGCCGGCUCUGAGAAAGUUCUAGCAGUACCCGGGAGGACCAGACAGGCGUAUGAUCACGGCAGCAACCGCAGCAGAACAGGCAAGAGUCCGUUGGCGCGAAGAAGCUUUGUCAGAUCGGCUUCGGAUCUAAUGCCAGAAUUGGAUGAGGCGCAAAGAGGUCAAUCGAUGGAGAUGAGGGAAAGACAAGCCGCCGAACAAGGAGUCGGUCUCAUGGACCCUCGGGCCAGAAGUGUGAGCCCUCUUGGUCCUCAGACAGUGCCUGCACCUGCACCUGCACCUGCACCAACUGCUGCCCCUGCUCCCGAAACUCGACCUGCACCAACGGAAGUCGUGGAGGAAAAGAGCAAGAAGGAGCGGAAGAAGUUGAGUAAGCCGAGACCUGGCAGCAGUGGAAGUGGAAGAUAA